AUGGGGUCCGGCGGCUCCACCAGGGCGGCUCCUGGAACUGGGCCAUGCCAAGCCAACACCGGCAUCCACAUGACCAGCAUGGAUCCGCAGCUCUCCAAGAAGUACAUGUCGCUGGAUCAGAAUGGCAAGGUGCAAGCCGAGUAUGUCUGGGUCGACUCUGACUAUUGGGAUGGACAGAGCUUUGACCUGUGCUGCAAGACACUCACGCUCGAAGAAGCUCCAGUUUCCCUGGAAGAAAUUCCUAUCUGGACCUACUCGGGAGAUGAUGCAAAGGACAUCGUGAUUGUGCCGCGCCGGAUGUACCGGGACCCAUUCCGGCCAGGCAACAACAAUAUAAUCGUCUUGGCAGACACGUACCAGGAGCCGUCGGGUGAUGAGAAAGAUUACGGCUCUGCAACAAAAUUCAACACACGCGCUGCGUGUGAGGCAGCCAUGCGCCGCGCCGAAGAAAUCGGAGAGGAUCCCUGGUUUGGCUUUGAGCAAGAGUAUUACUUGCUUGACACCACGACAAAUUGGCCACUGGGAUGGCCUCGCGGGAAGUAUCCUGACAAAGACACGGCCUUCUACUGCUCUGUGGGAUCAGAGAAGGUCGUGGCACGCAGCCUCAUCGAGUGCCAUUAUCGAGCUUGUCUUUAUGCCGGAGUGAUGAUUGGUGGCAUCAAUUCCGAGGUCGCACCUGGCCAGUGGGAGUUUCAGGUGGGUCCAGCAUCUGGAACGUUGGGUGCGGAUGAUUUGUGGAUGGCACGAUACAUCUUGCAGAGACUAUGCGAGGAGUUCCAGGUGGGUGUCACCUUUGAUCCAAAGCCCGUUCCAAAGCAAGCUGGAAUUGGCUGUCACACAAACUACUCCAACAUGGCUACGCGUAGUAGCCCAGGAGGCAUGGAGGCCAUCAAGCUGCAGUGUGAGCGGCUGCGAAAGAAUCAUGACAAGCACAUCGCGAAUUAUGGAAUUGGGAAUGAGCGCCGUCUCACUGGCAAAGACGACACGGCUUCGAUCAAUGACUUUUCAUGGGGUGUAGGUGAUCGAGCAGCCAGCAUACGCAUCGGCUGCAAAGUAGCGAUGCGUGACUGUGGCUACUACGAGGACAGGCGGCCGGCAGCCAACAUGGAUCCAUACUUGGUCUCUCAGCUUCUGGUCGAGACGACCCUUCUCCAGAACGAGGAGAACGACUCCAAGCCUGACUCAGGCUCCAAGCCCGACCUUGAAAGUGUGCCGAUCGAGUAA